AUGUUCACUGUCUCUCUAUUUAUCACCCCCCUCUCUCUCUCUGUCAUCAAUUCUUGGUUCUCAAACUCUUUUUCCUUAUCUCUUUCUUCUCAUCUUUUUUCUCUUAAAUAUUUGUCUCUUUCGAUUUUUUCUUUCUUUUGUUUUGUUCAUUUAUUCCCCCUCUCCCUCCCACUUUCUUUCUUUCUUUCUCGCUCUCAUCUUUUCUUCCCCUUUCUCUAUUACUUCUAUUCUCUUUUCCUCUCUUUUUUUGCAUCUUUCUUUUUCUCCCUUUUCUUUCUUUUUUUCUCUCUCUUUCUUUGUUUCUUUCGCCAUUCUUUUCAUUUUUCUUUUUUCCUACUUCGUUUUUCUUUCUUUCUUUUUUUCAUCUUUCUUUUUUACUCCUUUAUUUUUCUUCUUUCUUUCUUUCUUUCUUUCUUUCUUUCUUUCUUUCUAAAUAUUAUUCCCUUUCGUUUUUUCCGCCGUCUCUUUCGCCUCAUAUUUCUUCUCUUUCUCGUUUUUCUUUCUUUUUUUUUUUUUCUUUCUUUCUUUUUCUUUAUUUUCCAUCUCAUUCUCUUUUCUUUCUCUCACUUUCUCUUCAUUUUAUUUGUUCAUCAUCUGAUCACUCCCUUUUACUCUCAUCCUCUUUCUCUCUCUCUCUCUCUCUCUCUCUCUGUCUUUGUUUCUCCUCUACCACCCUUUCUUUCUUUCUUUCUUUCUUUCUUUCUUUCUUUUGUAUUAUUUUCCAUGUCAUUUUCUUUUCUUUUUCUCACUUUCUCUUCAUUUUAUUUGUUCUCUAUCUGCUUAGUACUUUUUUACUCUCAUCUCUCUCUCUGUUUCUCCUUACACCUCUCUCUCUCUUUCUUUCUUUCUUUCUUUCUUUUCUUUCUUUCUUUCUUUAUUUCCUUCUUUUGUAAUUUUGACAUUGCUCGUAUUAUGAAUUCUUUUCUUCACCUCCUCCUCCUCAUUUUAUCCCCCCCCCCACCGUCAUCCCUGCCGUGA